UUUAAUACUAUUAUAUCAAUAAAAGUAUCAACAACUGGUUCGAAAAUCAAGUUCGCUCCUAACUAUCUCGGCAACUAAAACAAUCAUAAUAUUUUUAUCGGUCGACUUCAGAGGCAGAUAUUCGCAUUUGACUUGAAUUAAAAUUCAUUCCCCUCAAAGCUUUUUUGGAAGGACAAAGUGAUUGUUUGCUAAAAUGGAUGUGAACAUCAAGAGUGCCAAUAUGAUUGAUGUUGAGUUUAUGGACGUUACUUUUUCGGCCAAGGAGAAUGGCAAAUUCAAACAAAUCAUAAAAGGAGUGUCGGGCAGAUUUCUAUCUGGAGAACUUACUGCCAUCAUGGGUCCAUCAGGAGCUGGGAAGACUUGCCUGCUGAAUAUCCUCACAGGAUAUCAGGUUACAGGAAUGCAGGGUGCCAUAAAAUUCAGCAGCAGCAUCAAUUCAACGAAUAAUUCCGUCAAGAGGCAUAAACCAAAAUCCUGUUACAUCCUACAAGAUGAUACUUUGCCCUCUUUUCUCACCGUCGAAGAAACGAUGAUGAUGUGCUGUUGCCUGAAGAUGGACAAUUUGACCAAAAAAACUAGAAAAUUCCUGAUAGACGAUAUAUUGAGCAACCUCGGAUUGGACAAGUGCAGAGAUAGCCGGUGUCAAAGUUUAUCGGGAGGGCAGAGGAAGAGGGUAUCAAUCGCCCUGGAGCUGGUCGAUAAUCCACCCAUUAUGUUUUUGGAUGAGCCAACCACGGGUUUAGACAGUUCAAGCGCUGCUCAAUGCGUCCAAGUGUUGAAAAACUUAGCUCGAGGAGGUCGAACCGUAGUCUGCACGAUUCAUCAACCAAACGCGAGUCUCUACGAACAGUUUGACAACAUAUUCGUUAUGGCUGCUGGUCGUUGUGUCUACCAUGGAGCAACAAGUAGCACUGUGGACUAUCUGUCCACCUUUGGCUUGAACUGCCCGCAGUACCACAACCCUGCUGAUUACCUGCUAGAGGUUGUAUGUGGUGAACAUGGAGAUUACUUUGAUAUCUUAGCGGCGGCAGCCAAAGAUGAGAAGUGGAGGGAAUCUCUAACAACCUUUCGGAUUCAUCACAUGACAGAUCUUCAGGAGGUCCACUCCAUCCUACCAGUCGGUGCUGGCCGGCCUUACGAGACUCCAUCAGAAUGGAGCAGGUUGCUCCUCCUACUGAAAAGGAAUGGUAGACAUGUUUGUAGAGAUCACGUAUGUAUCAAACAUAACUUUCGGAUAUAUCGUUGUAUUCUAUAAUAUCUGGAAAGUCGU